AUGGGGCCCGAGGGCUGCAGUGGGCUCGUCCUCGAUGCUGGGACCCCGGAGCUCAUCACCGUUUUUCCCCCACAACCGGACCGCGUUGCUAUAGUGACCGGAGGCACGGACGGCAUCGGCUACGCUACGUCGAGGCAGCUGGCCAGGCUCCGCAUGCACGUGAUCAUAGCUGGAAACAAUCACAGCAAAGCGCAAGAUGUCGUGAGGAGAAUCAAAGAGGAGACGUCGAACGACAAAGUGGAGUUUUUAUACUGUGAUCUGGCGUCCAUGAGGUCCAUCCGGCAGUUUGUCCAGAAUUUCAAGAAGAAGAAAAUCCCUCUCCACGUCUUGGUCAAUAACGCCGGGGUGAUGAUGGUCCCGCAGAGGAAAACCAAGGACGGAUUUGAGGAGCAUUUCGGGGUUAACUACCUGGGCCACUUCCUGCUCACCAACCUCCUCCUGGACGACCUCAAGGCGUCUGGCUGUCCCAGCCGCAGCGCGAGAGUGGUGACCGUGUCCUCGGCCACGCAUUACGUGGGCGAGCUGCAUAUGGACGACCUUCAGGGCAGCCGCUCGUACUCCCCACACGGCGCCUACGCGCAAAGCAAGCUGGCCCUCGUGCUGUUCGCCUACCACCUGCAGAGGCUGCUGGCCGCCCGCGGGAGCCCCGUGACCGCCAACGUGGUGGACCCCGGGGUGGUCGACACGGACCUGUACAGACACGUCUUCUGGGGCACGCGUCUCGUCCAGAGGGUGCUUGGCUGGUGGGUAUUCAAGACCCCAGACGAGGGGGCCAGGACCUCCGUCUACGCAGCCGUCUCACCGGACCUGGAAGGAAUCGGCGGCCGCUACCUGUACAAUGAGAGGGAGACCAAGUCUCUGAGGGUCACGUAUGACCAAGAUCUGCAGAGACACCUGUGGGCCACGAGUUGUCAGAUGACCAGCAUCGCGGACGUGACUGCAGACACCCUCUGGGAGUAACUGCCACACUGGGGAGACCUUGCAUCGAGCCACCAAUCACAGGUCUGUGACGGGCGCCCGUGCCUGCAUUUUUCACACCUGCUGCCUUCAGGGCUCUGUCCCCAAAGGCCACCUGUCUGCGGUCCUGCCUUUGAGGGAAGUCAGGGGGCCAAAGAAACACUGGGUGUUUCCCAAACAGGGCCGGGAGCCAGGAAUUGUAUGCAGAUUUCUCCACGUGCCAGGAACAAUUAAAUGCUGCCUAACCCAA